AUACUUCAGAAACAUUUAAAAAAAAACCAAAUAAGAGCCUUGCAUUGACUACUUAAGUAGAAUUCUUAUUUUAAUUUGUUAAUUAUAGAUAAGAACUAGUUUAUAGGUUUCCUGAGGGUGCCCAUUGAUUGGUACCUUCGUUUUUUAAUUGUAAAUUAUAUUAUUUAUAAUGACGAGUUUCGCUACAAAUAUUUUGAAAACCUUUUGGAGACCAACUGUAACCGCAGUUAGGACGAGAUAUCAUGCUGACAAAACACGUUUGGUAAGAAGGCACGGCUAUGAAGAAAAGUUAUGGUCUGGAGGAUUGUUGCCUAGAUCUGAAGGAAAAGCUUUACCAAUGCCAGAGUACAGACCUGCAAAUGCUUGGACAGAACGUAAGGCCUUAUUUGGUCAAAAUGAUUACAUCGACAUACUUGGGCCUGGUAAUAUUCACCCUGUAAAAACCCUUUAUAAUAUUCCCUCUUGGAUUAGGGGUGUGACUGGUAAUGAAUAUCAGAUCCUACUAAGAAAAAAGAAAUUGUGGGCAAAGACUGCUUCUCCUGUUGUUCGGCCAACAAAAUGGAAACAAAUAGAGAAAAGAAUUGGUUAUCUUUAUAGAAAACUAAAUAGAAAAACGAAGACAGGACCAUCACCAAUUUAAAUAAGUUAUGAAUGUUACUGUUUAAUUUAGGUAGAACAUGUAAAAUAGUAUUAGGUAUUUAUGUAAAUAUAUAAAUCUUACUUUAUA